CUUCUCUGGCUCCUGUCUCUUUCAAGAAGAUGGUGGAACUCAGAAGGUUCAAAAGAAUCUUUCCAAGCACACUGCUACUGGUAACAUUACUCCUGCUCUUCUCUCUAGUCCUUCUUUUACUGAGUAGCAGUGUCAAUACAAUAAAGACAGGGCUAGAUGGAGAGAAAAGAGAAGAAGAAAGACUUGUAUCAUCUCAUAAGAAAGAGAGAGACUCUUUCAAUAAGAGGAGACUAAAAGAAACAGUUUCCCCAGCAUUAGAAGUAGAGAAGAUAAAGAAGCUCUCACUUCAUAGCAGUCUUGACCAGCUGCCUUCUCCUCCGGUAAAAAGAGAGCCACGGGGCUAUGUCAUAAUACAAUCCCUGUCCUCACCUUCUCUCUCCUCCUCCCUCUCUCAUCUCCUCAUCCUCCAGUGCUGGGCAAAGAGGCUACAACUAGACCUUGUGGAACCAGCCAUAUCGAUCAACUCGCUUACCACUGCAUUCCCAAGACAACCAAAUGACCCCAACUCCCUCUCGCUGGAUACAGUGUACGACCCAAGCUCUUGGGACAACCUCUAUGAGAGACGUGGGACACUGACACCAUUCGUGGGAAUCGGAGAAGUGGAAGUGGAGGAAGUAAGAGAAGUACUAGUAGUGGACGUAAAGGAGGUCUAUAACUAUCAGAAAAAUGCUAUGGAUAGCACACCAGGCUGCAUGAACGACUCUUCUGCCUACAGGUCCGACCUACACUUGAAUUUCGGACUUAGCGUUACUCAAGAAAUCUGUCUCGGGAGUUUGGCUUAUUCCAUCAAAGACAUGCUCAAUACGGUCGAAGACUUUGUCGAAUUCCUUCAAAAGCAGUCAGGAACCCAUCAACUGGACAAAAAAACCGUGGUACUAUUUCGAAAUUUGGAUAUCAGUCCUUCAAUGCCUGCUAGUGACCCCGCCCAUACGUGUGAAAAUAUCGGGAGACUAGUACAUAAAAUACGACCGAGUAAAAGCAUAAUGAAUGAUGCAAGUAGUUACACUAAUAAAGUAGGCGGGGCCAGAACGGCAAUCAUACUCACACAAGACGUUCAAUCCUCCUUGGGCAUUGAUGCCUGCUAUGAGCGUAUUUUAACUCGGUUCCAUUCGUCGAUAAAAAAUAAAAAUGCUUCGAGCCCUUACCUAGUGAUGAGCGGCCACAAAAGCAAGGAGGUCGAAGGAAAAAUAUCAUUUAAGAUGUUCUUUAGGGCGCUGUAUGGGAGCAAGAUCACACCUUCAUCUUGGAGGAAGAAAGUCCUGCUACAAUUCGCUAGUAUCAAGCACGAUGGAUAUGUGAGCGUGCUAAAUCAAAUCAUAGCAUCGGAAUCAAGGUGUUUGAUACUAACGUCGCCCGGUGACACUGAUGUGUACGCAAACGUGGUUGAACGAUGGUACAAGGAGAGGGACACUGGUGAAGAGAAAUGCAUAGAAAUAGUGGAAGAGUGUUUCGGUGGCGAAGAGUAAACAAAGCUAAGCAUACAACACUACAAUUGUGAUAUAAUGUAUUUAUUCUUCUUACACACAUACACAUGCGCAUCAUGCAAGCAUACAUUUGAACUCUGAUUCCAUAACCAAAGACAGUCAAUUACAACAUA